AGUCGCGUACAAAGCGUGUUGCGGAAAACAGCUCUACAUUAGUUUGAGAUGGGAGUUUUGAAGAUCGCCUUUCUCGCUGUGACUGUUUUCGCAGUCUCAGUGACUGGACAGUUUUGCAACUUUGACCAUGGGUUCUGUGGCUACAUCAACGACCCGUUGGCGCCCAUGAGAUGGGAAGAUUUCGAUGGGAACAGCCACGGGCACGGACAUGUCCAGGUGGAGGGCAGUGGUCCGGCGAGCGACCACUCGCACGGCACGGAUGGAGGCCACGGGCACGGUUGGUACGCCCAGUCCGACUGCGCGAACAACCUACCGGGCGAUGAAGCCAGGCUGGUCGGCCCGAUGAUCACGGGCACCGCCGUGUUGGACUUCUACUACACCAUGAACGGCGGGGACCUGGACCUGUCCGUGUACAUCCUGCAGGGCGGGCAGAUGGUCCAGGUCUGGAACAGGCAGGACCUCGACAACCCCUUCUGGCAACACGGCACCCUGCCCAUCAAUCCACCCGAUGUCUUUGCACCAUACCAGAUUGUGUUCGAGACCGUCCGAGGCACAGACCCGCUGUGUCAUGUGGCUAUCGAUGACGUCACCGUCAGCAUAGUCGCCCUACCAACGGGCAACCCGCCUGUCAUGACCACCCAAGCCGUGGUCACCGCUGCGCCUGAGACCGCUGGUCCUACCGACGCAGCGCCGGCCACCGACGCCGCUACCAAUGCCGCUACUGACGCCGCGCCAGCAACCGACGCCGCUACCAAUGCCGCUACCGACGCCGCCACCGACGCCGCCACCGACGCCGCCACCGACGCCGCUCCCGCUAAGCCUGAGACGGCUAAACCUACCGACGCUGAUACAACCCCUGAACCGACCACAACUACAACCCCUGCACCCACAACAACAACCACAACUACAACCCCCGAACCUACAACCACCAUGCCAACAACAACCACAACUACAACCCCUGAACCAACAACGCCCGCUCCCGGCAUGACCGUUACCUGCAACUCUGACGUCAUACAGGUCGUCAUCCUAAGGAGUGAAACUAACCUGAACCCUGACCAGACCUACCUGCUCGACUCGUCCUGCGUCCCCACCGUCAACGACACCCACAUGGUGUUCGAGACAGCUCUGGGCGGCUGCGGAACCACGCGACAGGAGACUGAAAACUACAUCAUUUACUCCAACGCUGUGGAGGAGAAAGCCAACAUUGCCGGCAGCGAGAUCACGUUCGGGAGCUUCGACUUCCACUGCGCCAUGUCUCGUGAGAAGUUGGUGACCGGGGUGUUCCAACCUUUUGCGGGAAAAAUCAUGAGCCGGUUGGUGUACGACCCAUUCGCGUUCGGCGAGUACGACAUCGAGAUUAAAUUCUACCAGUCUAGCGCUUACCAGACAGAACUGGCGUCCCCUGUCAACGUCCCCAUCGGAGACACCCUCUACGUGGAGACUCGUCUGACGUCGUCGGACUCGAACCUGCGCAUCAGGGCCACGCGCUGCGACGGCACCACCACCACCGACCCCACCAGCCAUCCCCAGUAUUACGUCAUCGACAACAAGUGUCCUACGGACGGUAAUGUGGUCCAGCUGCCCUCCCCAUCCCCGGCGGUGGAACGGUUCAGCAUGAAGGCCUUCCAGUUCCUCUCCGCUGCUGGCUCGCCGCACUACCUCCACUGUUACGUGCUGGUCUGCAAUGCCUCAUCUCCCAACAGCCCUUGCGCGGACACCUGUGCGAGAUCUGCGCCCAAGGCACGCCGGGAAGCCCCUAACUCCCAAGAAGUGCUCCUGUCGGUAGAGGUGCCUGUGAAGAGCGCCAAGCCCAACAGCUUCCUCUUCGGAGCCGCCGCCAUGGCUGCAGCGGUGGGGGUGAUUGCGCUCGUUGGAACAGCCCUCGCCGUUCGCCGUUACCGAAAGAGCCGUCACCCCAUCGACUUGUAAUCGCCCGAAAAAUGCCUAGCAAUAUCGUUGUGCUGGUAACAAGAUUGGCUCUUUGCGCUUUUAAACCUUCCUUAUAUAUAACUGUAGUAUAGAAACGUUAAAGGCAUUCGCAUGAUAGAUUUACAAUCUAUUAUGCAAUCUGUACUUGGAAAUUAAAAUUUAAAUAUUUUCUUCUGUUGCACAAUGGUC